UCAGAGGGUGACCUUCUGGGCAUGCCUGAUUGCUUCCUCCCAGGGUAUAUAAACUGCCCUACGAGGAAACAACCCAUAUUCAGCACGAGAGAGACUAUCCCAAAAUGAAGGCUCUCCUUGUCCUCCUGCUGGGAGCGGUCCUGUGCCUGGACUCAGGUUCCUCUUUGCAGUGUUACAGCUGCAUGACACAGCUCAGCAACUCCAACUGCAAGAAGGAAGUGAGCUGCAAGGAUAACGAAAUGUGCAAGACAGAUGUGAUCAGGAUCGCCGGGUUCUUCAACAUCAUCAACAAGGGCUGUGACGCAUCAUGUGAAGCAACCUAUCAGGACUUCAGCGUGGGCAACAGGAAUAUCACCUGCUGUGACACCAACCUCUGCAAUGUCAAUGCAGCGGGCAGCCUGAGGUCCAGCUACGGGAUAGCAGCAGGGAUCGCAGCCAGCCUGCUCUGGCCCUUCCUGAACAACAGACUGUGAGGAGCAAAGAGGACUCCUGUGACCCCAGAAAGUCUUGGAGCGUUCCUCUUACAGGAAUUGUAACCAGGAGCAAUGCAGUGUGUUGGACACACAGCAUCCUUGGAGCUGAUGGCAGACCUUUGCCGUAUGAUAGCUUCCUCACCACUGUUACUGUGUUUCCAUAGUGCUACCAGAUAAGAAAAUGUGUGCAUGCUACCUGAAUAACACCUAAAAUAUACUGAUUUCUGAAUUAAGCA